AUGUCCGUCUUCAAAUAUGAAGUUGAUGAGUCCAGGGACGCUAGCGGUACUAGACUAGACGACGAAUUCACGCCGUUACUUACUACCAGUGGUCCGUCGAAGAUCCAAGAAAGUGUAACCGGUACGACGUCACACAAAAACACUUCAUUGCAUCACAGAAAUACAUUCGCUUCCAUUUCUAAACGUUCUUCCUCCUCCUCUUCCUCGAGUCGUUCAAGUAUUUAUUUCAGAGAUAUUACAUUUCAUUCUUCCGACGAAUCGAGCGACUGCUUUCUCGACUACAUCAUGGAGAAAGUUAGAAAUACAAGGCUUGGUUACUGGGCCGAUAAAUUGGCAGUAGAGAGCGAACCCGGCUUGACAAAUGCUCAACUCAUGUUAAACAACCAUGAUUUGAAGCCUGUCGAACCAGAACGUAGACAAUGGGGAGCGUGGAAUUUUGUAGGAUUUUGGGUCGCGGAUUCUUUUAAUAUUAACACUUGGAUGAUAUCAUCGAGCAUGAUCGUUGCGCCCAGCGGUCUAUCUUGGUGGCAAUCAUGGCUUUGUGUAUGGAUUGGUUAUUCCAUUGCAGCUUGCUUCAUUGUACUCACGGCCAGAAUCGGUGCCACUUAUCACCUUUCCUUCCCGGUUGUCGCUCGAUCAUCUUUCGGUAUCUGGGGUGCUCUAUGGCCUGUCUUCAAUCGUGCAGCCAUGGCUUGUAUUUGGUACGGAGUGCAGUCUUGGAUUGGAGGAGAGUGCGUUCAAUUGAUGAUCUCUGCCAUCUGGCCAUCAUUCACCAAAGUGCACAAUGGAAUUCCUGAUUCUGGAACAAACACGGCGGCUUUUAUAUCCUUCUUCAUCUUUUGGCUUUGCUCACUUCCAGCGAUUUGGUUCCCGGUUCACAAGAUUCGUCAUUUGUUUACAGUCAAGGCAUAUGUGGUACCAGCUGCAGGCAUUGCAUUUUUCAUCUGGGCUAUCGUUCGCGCAAAGGGUCUUGGUCCAAUCGUCAAACAGGGAAAUACAACACAUGGAAGUACAAUGGCGUGGUACAUGGUUACAGGAAUCAUGUCUUCCAUCGCCAACUUUGCAACUCUCAUCGUGAAUAGCCCGGAUUUCGCACGCUUUGCUCGAAAACCCAGAGAUGCUUUCUGGUCACAACUCAUUACCAUCCCCGUAGGUUUCGCGGUUACAUCUUUCAUCGGUAUUAUUGUUUCCUCGUCUUCAACCGUCAUCUUCGGUGAAGCUAUCUGGAAUCCUCUCGAACUCCUUCAAUCAUUCCUCAAUGAAGGUAGAUCUGGAAAUCGUGCCGGUGUAUUCUUCAUCGCAACUGCAUUUGCUCUUGCCCAGCUCGGUACUAAUAUCGCAGCCAAUUCCGUAUCUGCAGGUACAGAUAUGACAGCUCUUCUUCCACGCUACAUCAACAUCCGUCGUGGUGGAUACAUCUGCGCCAUCGUAGGCCUAGUCAUGUGUCCCUGGAAUCUUCUCUCUAGCGCCAACAAUUUCACGACCUACCUCUCCGCUUAUUCAGUCUUCCUAUCCUCCAUCGCCGGUGUCAUUGUCGCAGACUACUACGCCGUACGUAAAGGCUACCUACAAGUUCGCAACCUCUAUUCCGCUAAGAAAACCUCUCCAUACUACUAUAGCCUCGGUAUUCACUGGAGAGGCUACGCAGCUUACAUCGCUGGAAUCCUCAUCAACAUCGUCGGAUUCGUAGGAGCAAUUGGAAAAGAAGUACCCGCGGGCGCAACAUACAUCUAUAAGUUAAAUUUCUUCUGCGGAUUUAUUGUUGCAGGAGGUGUAUAUUGGACUCUAUGUAAAUUCUUUCCGGUCCCUGCCACUAGCGAUAUCUGGAUGGAAGUCGGAGAUGAACUCGAUGAUCCGAGUAUGGCUUAUGCUGGAGAGGAAGGAAGUGACUUUGAUGGGGAAACGGGGAAGGGUGGACAUGAAAGGGUAAAGAGUAUGGGUAGUGGGAAGAAAAAUGAUGUAGAUUUGGAGGCUUGA